AUGUCAACAGAAUAUCCAAAUGGUAUCCGGCAACCAUCGAGAUUCCCUGGAGCUGUUUUAACUCUCGAUUUCCCAAAAAAUUGUUCUCAAAUGUUUUGUGGAUGGAAGCCAAGAGAAAAUAUGAAAAUCGGCCAAGAAAUCGAUUUCUCUUUUCUGGGAAACUAUGAGCCAAAAGAUCGUUUUUAUAUUCGAAAUUCCACAGGAACGAUGAGUUUAUUGCCAGAAUUUGGGCCAUUUAAAAGAUUCAAAAUGAUGAUUAAUGAGCCAUUUAUAAUUUAUUUCGUCGGAAGCGAUCAACCAAAAAACGAUCGUCAUUUGAGCCUCCAAUUCGCAUAUGAAGCCAACAUU